CAGACCAUGGGCGCUAACACCUCCAGCAAGUCACCACCCUUUGAUGAAAAUGAAGAGGUCACCUUCGACCAUUUUGAAAUUUUGCGAGCCAUUGGGAAGGGCAGCUUUGGCAAAGUCUGUGUUGUACAAAAGAACGACACCAAGAAAUUGUACGCCAUGAAAUACAUGAAUAAACAAAAGUGCUUGGAACGAAACGAAGUGAGAAAUGUUUUCAAGGAGCUGCAGAUUAUGCAGGGCCUGGAACACCCAUUCUUAGUUAAUUUGUGGUACUCUUUCCAAGAUGAAGAAGAUAUGUUCAUGGUUGUGGAUCUGCUGCUUGGAGGGGACCUGCGUUAUCAUCUCCAACAAAAUGUGCGAUUCCAAGAAGGCACUGUGAAACUCUUCAUCUGUGAGCUGGUGUUGGCCCUCGACUAUCUCCAGAGCAGACACAUCAUCCACAGGGAUAUCAAGCCUGACAACAUUUUACUGGAUGAGCAUGGACACGUGCACAUCACUGAUUUCAAUAUUGCCACCAUGCUGACUAAAGAAAUACAAGUCACCACAAUUGCUGGCACAAAGCCAUAUAUGGCACCUGAAAUGUUUAACUCCACAAAACCUAUCGGCUAUUCCUUUGCUGUUGACUGGUGGUCGUUAGGAAUCACUGCCUACGAGCUGCUUAGAACCCGGAGGCCGUACCAUAUUCGCUCCAACACUUCAACGAAUGAAAUUGCUCAUGUGUUCAGGACAGCUACAGUAAUGUACCCUGCUGCUUGGUCCAGAGAAAUGGUGUCACUAAUCAAAAAGUUGCUUGAGCGAAAUCCUGAGAAGCGUUUUUCUCAGCUGAAAGAUAUCCAGGACUUUCCAUAUCUGUCAGAUGUAAACUGGGAUGCUGUUCUUCAGAAAAGGAUAAUGCCAGGAUUCAUUCCCACAAAAGGCAGACUGAACUGUGACCCAGCCUUUGAACUUGAAGAAAUGAUCCUAGAAUCCAAACCUCUUCAUAAGAAAAAAAAGCGCCUGGCUAAAAAGGAGAAAGAUUCCAGCAAAAGCAAUUCUUCACAGGCCUGCCAUCUUCAAAAGCACCUAGAGAUACUCCAAAGGGAUUUCAUUGUUUUCAACAGAGAAAAACUUCUGCAGCAGCAGGACAAGAAGGGAGCUACUGGACUGGCUUCACCCGCUGUUUACCCAGUCCAGCUUCCUGCCUCUGACGGAGCCACACAAUCAGCACCGACUCAAAAGCCUCAGAUAUCCCAACUAUAAGUCCAAAAUACAGAGAUUUGCAGCACUGAUUCCAGAAUCCAGUGAAAAAAGCAGAGGGAAAAAUAAUCAGCUACCAGGAAAAAGGGCAGUUCAGGCAAGCAGUGUCCGGGUCCCCCAUUCCACUGGCAGUGAC